CAUGAUAGUUAUUUUUCGGGAAAUAAUCGGAUGCUUGUGAAAAGCUGAUGAAAGACAGGUGAGUUGGAUCCGGGUGAAUGCUGUUUCUUCUCUCAGCUGUAAAAACACAACAGCAGAGGGAGCAGAGAGUCAGCUUUAUCCCACUAUCCUGUCACAGCAAUUACCAUCAGCCCUGGUCAUGUGACUGACAGACUCCUCUGGCGAGUUGUUCCCAUCUCCCACAGUCAUGGCGGUGUCGGGGAGUCGCGAUAAUGGAGUAAACACCACCACUAUUACACGUUGAUUUUUUUUUCUUAGCUUCAUGCUGGACUGUGCCCGCUGUCAUCCGAGAUAUCACAAACAUCCCGCAGGCUGCUGUGCUUCCAACGAUGGCCGACCGCGGCGUUGAUCUGUCGGCUCUGCCUAAAGAGGUCAGGGACCAGCUGGCGGAGUUGGAUCUGGAGCUAUCCGAAGGUGAUAUUACGCAGAAGGGCUAUGAGAAGAAAAGGACCAAACUCCUGGCUCCCUUCAUCAUUCACACUCCAGUGGAGCCGCCCCGCAAGAAUGACGCGCAGCCUUCUGCUCCCAGUUCCUCCUCCAGCCAUGCCCCUCCACCCUCCAGCUCGUCCCGUUACCGAGAACGCCGCUCCCGCAGAACACAUCGCAGUGGAGGAACCAGGGAUGACCGCUACAGAUCAGAUAUACAUACUGAGGCAGUCCAAGCUGCCCUGGCAAAACAUAAAGAGGAGAAGAUGGCACUCCCCAUGCCUACCAAGCGACGCUCCACUUAUGUGCAAUCUCCCAUUGAAACCCGCACACCACCAGACUCCUCAUCAGGUUCUGAAGAUGAGACGUCUGUGCGCAGGCAGUCGUCAGUGGUCGCUCCUGCGCCUCCGGUCAAUCCCAACCUGCAGAGCCCAGACUCUUGGAUCAACCGCACAGUCCAGGGCUCCUCCACCUCCUCUUCGGCCUCCUCCACCUUGUCCCACGGAGAGGCCAAGCCGCAGCCUCAGAGCCAGCCUCAGCCUCAGCCUCAGCUCCAGUACAAGCCGCAGUACCAACCUCUGUAUCAGCCUCACCACCAGCCGCAUGAGCAGCCCCACACCGCAGCUGUGACGGACAUGCUGGCUCACAGUCGCAUUGCCCCCUCAGAAAACAGCGCCCCCCCUCCAGAUGUGACAGCUGUGGCCCCUCCAUCCAGAGGGUCGCGUGUGGACCUGCCCUCUAACGCCGUGGUCCGAGGGAUGAGCCGCGGGCAGAGCCGCUCAAGCAUGAUGGAGACUGCGGAUGGAGUUCCUGUGAACAGCAGAGUGUCCACUAAGAUCCAGCAGCUGCUCAACACCCUGAAGAGGCCCAAGAGGCCGCCGCUCAGUGAGUUCUUCACAGACGACUCAGAGGAGAUCGUAGAAGUGCCCCAGGUGGACCCCAACACACCGAAGCCAGAGGGCCGUCAGAUCAUCCCAGUGAAAGGGGAGCCUUUGGGAGUGGUCAGUAACUGGCCCCCAGCCCUGCAGGCAGCGUUGGCCCGCUGGGGGGCCACUCAGGGGAAGAGCCCCGCCCUCACUGCUCUUGAUAUCACGGGCAAACCGCUCUACACACUGACUUAUGGGAAGCUGUGGAGUCGCAGCGUGAAGCUGGCGUACACCCUCCUGAACAAGCUGGGCGCCAAGAAUGAACAAAUCCUCAAACCUGGAGACAGGGUGGCGCUGGUGUACCCCAACAGUGACCCUGGGAUGUUCUGGGUGGCCUUCUACGGCUGCCUCCUGGCUGAAGUUAUACCUGUACCUAUUGAAGUACCACUGUCUCGCAAGGAUGCAGGUAUCAGCCAGGUGGGGUUUCUGCUCGGAAGCUGUGGUGUUGGUCUGGCUCUGACAAGUGAGAUCUGUCUGAAGGGUUUACCCAAGACACCCACUGGGGAAAUACUGCAAUUUAAAGGCUGGCCUCGACUUAAGUGGGUGGUGACAGACUCAAAAUACCUGACCAAGCCUUCCAAAGACUGGCAGCCGCACAUCCCCACUGCCAACACUGACCCUGCAUACAUAGAGUACAAGGCGAGUAAAGAUGGCACAGUAGUGGGUGUGGCUGUGUCUAAAGUAGCCAUGUUGACCCACUGUCAAGCACUGACCCAGGCCUGCAACUACUGUGAGGGGGAAACUUUAGUGAAUGUCCUGGACUUUAAAAAGGAUAUGGGCCUAUGGCAUGGAGUUCUCACAGCAGUGAUGAACAGAAUACACACUAUCAGUGUUCCCUAUGCUGUAAUGAAGGCUUGUCCCCUCUCCUGGGUACAGAGGGUCCACAUCCACAAAGCUCGUAUAGCUUUGGUGAAGUGCCGUGAUCUACACUGGGCCAUGAUGGCUCAUCGGGACCAGAGAGACACCAGUCUGGCUUCAUUACGGAUGCUGAUUGUUGCUGAUGGUGCUAACCCCUGGUCGGUGUCUUCUUGUGAUGCCUUCCUGAACGUGUUUCAGUCCCACGGGCUGAAACCUGAGGUUAUCUGUCCAUGUGCUACCUCCCCUGAGGCCAUGACAGUAGCUAUACGCCGACCGGGAGUCCCUGGCGCACCCCUCCCUGCCCGUGCCAUUCUUUCCAUGGGUGGCCUGAGCCACGGUGUCAUCAGGGUCAACACAGAGGACAAGAACUCCGCCCUGACUGUACAAGAUGUGGGGCACGUCAUGCCUGGAGCUCUGAUGUGCAUUGUAAAGGCAGACGGGCCUCCUCAGUUGUGUAAAACAGAUGAGAUAGGAGAGAUAAUAGUAAACUCCCGUGCUGGAGGCAACAUGUACUACGGCCUGCCUGGAGUCACCAAAAACACCUUUGAGGUGAUACCGGUUAAUGCUAAUGGAGUUCCCAUUGGAGAGAUUCCAUUUGUGCGGUCAGGACUCUUGGGGUUUGUUGGCCCAGGCAGUCUGAUCUUUGUGGUGGGGAAGAUUGAGGGCCUGCUGAUGGUGAGCGGACGGAGGCACAACGCUGAUGACCUGGUGGCCACCGCUCUUGCCGUGGAGCCAGUCAAGACUGUGUACCGUGGAAGGAUCACUGUGUUUUCAGUCACGGUGUUCUAUGACGAGAGGGUCGUGAUUGUGGCGGAGCAGAGGCCAGACGCCAGCGAGGAGGACAGUUUCCAGUGGAUGAGCCGAGUGCUUCAGGCUAUCGACAGUAUCCAUCAGGUGGGCCUCUACUGUCUAGCUCUUGUCCCGGCCAACACCUUACCUAAAACACCCCUGGGUGGCAUCCAUAUCUCUGACACCAAGCAGUUCUUCUUAGACGGCAACCUGCACCCCUGCAACAUCCUGAUGUGUCCCCAUACCUGUGUCACCAACCUGCCCAAGCCCCGCCAGAAGCAGCCUGUUGGCGUAGGUCCUGCAUCCGUGAUGGUGGGCAACCUGGUGGCAGGGAAGAGGAUUGCCCAGGCCGCAGGCAGGGACCUCGGCAUGAUCGAAGACCAGGAUCUUGUCCGAAAGCUCUGUAUGUGGCCCACUGUGAUGCACCAGUAUCUGUCAGAGGCUCUACACUGGAGGGCACAGACAGACCCAGAUCAUGUCCUCUUUGUCCUUCUUAAUGCCAAGGGUGUAACAGUGGGCACAGCGACCUGUGUCCAGCUUCACAAGCGAGCAGAGAAGAUAGCUGCAGCGCUUACUGAGAAAGGCAGCAUCAACACUGGAGAGAACGUAGUGCUGCUCUAUCCUCCUGGCAUUGAUUUGAUAGCCGCCUUCUACGGCUGUCUCUAUGCUGGAUGUGUUCCCGUAAACGUCAGACCUCCGCAUCCUCAGAACCUGGCAGCCACGCUGCCAACUGUCCGCAUGAUUAUUGAUGUCAGUAAAGCUGCGUGUAUUCUUACCACUCAAAAUCUCAUGAGGACUCUUCGUUCCAAAGACGCUGCUGCCUCUGUGAACAUUAAAACGUGGCCAACAAUCAUUGACACAGAUGAUCUUCCUCGCCGCCGGCCUCCACAGAUCUAUAAGCCGCCCACAGCGGAGAUGAUUGCUUAUCUUGACUUCAGUGUGUCCACUACAGGCAUGCUCACUGGGGUAAAGAUCUCUCACGCAGCCGUCAGUGCACUUUGUCGCUCUAUAAAAUUGCAGUGUGAACUGUACUCCUCUCGCCAAAUAGCCAUCUGCCUGGAUCCUUACUGUGGUCUGGGCUUUGUCUUGUGGUGCCUCGCAAGUGUUUACUCAGGUCACCAGUCCAUCCUGAUACCUCCCUUCGAGUUGGAGAGCUGCUUGUCUCUGUGGCUGAGCACGCUCAGUCAGUACCGCGUCAGAGACACCUUCUGCUCCUACUCUGUCAUGGAGCUCUGCACUAAAGGACUGGGUACUCAAACUGAGUUACUCAAGGCCCGUGGUGUGAACCUGUCGUGUGUGCGGAGCUGUGUGGUGAUAGCAGAGGAACGGCCUCGCCUCGCCCUCACGCACUCCUUCUCCAAGCUGUUUAAGGACGUGGGGCUGUCAUCCAGAGCCGUCAGCACUGCUUUUGGUUCCAGGGUUAACCUUGCCAUCUGCCUGCAGGGCACCACUGGUCCUGAUCCCUGUACAGUUUAUGUGGACAUGAAAUCCCUCCGCCAUGACAGAGUCAGGCUUGUGGAGAGAGGAGCACCUCAGAGUCUUCCUCUAAUGGAGUCUGGCAAGAUACUGCCAGGUGUUCGGGUGAUAAUCGUAAACCCAGAGACCAAAGGUCCGCUUGGGGAUUCUCAUCUAGGCGAGAUCUGGGUGAACAGCCCUCACAGUGCCAGUGGCUACUACACCAUCUACGGAGAGGAGAGUCUUCAGGCCAACCACUUCAACACCAAGCUCAGCUUUGGAGACCCGCAGACCUUAUGGGCCAGGACAGGAUACUUGGGUUUUGUGAAGAGGACUGAGCUGUUGGAUGCCAGUGGGGAUCGGCAUGAUGCUCUCUUUGUGGUGGGAUCACUGGAUGAGACCUUGGAGCUAAGAGGCCUACGCUACCACCCAAUUGAUAUUGAAACCUCUGUGUCCCGGGCUCACCGCAGUAUUGCUGAGAGUGCUGUGUUUACAUGGACCAACUUGCUGGUGGUGGUGUCGGAGCUGUGCGGUUCGGAACAGGAUGCGCUGGACCUGGUGCCUCUGAUAACCAACGUGGUCCUGGAGGAGCACCACCUCAUUGUUGGCGUGGUGGUUAUUGUGGACCCCGGGGUUAUACCCAUCAACUCCAGGGGAGAGAAGCAGCGCAUGCAUCUACGGGACUCUUUCCUCGCGGACCAGCUGGAUCCCAUCUAUGUCGCUUACAACAUGUGAGGGGUUGUCCACAUCCACAGUCUGGAUGCUUAUUGCACCAUCAUUCCAGCAUUCGACCACAGCUUGGCAAAUGGUGAAAAGGAAAAAGCAUGCACCACAUGUACACAUGCAACCAACCCUGUGUGACACCAGCAUAUCUUGGCCACUGCAUGUCUGUGAUUGGACCUGCCAUGUUUGGAGUUGUUCACUGUGUUUUAUAGAUAGAAGCAAAAGAAGCAACAUGUACUGCAAAUGGCAAAGAGAAAAAAAAUUACCCUGUUGCACUUUUUGGGGGGAAAGGGCGAAACAACACAUACAACAGGACCACUUGUGAAAUUGAAAACAUUUAAAAUUAAUUAUAUAUUAUUGUCUUUGUGAAAAUCCAUCUUCUUAUUCCGUACCUACCACAAACCUCUUAAAACGCUUUCCCUCGUGCGUCUACACAGAUUCCAAGAGCUACUAAACUUGAAAUAUUUUUACAUGCAGCUUUCCAUCAAACACACACAAAUGCAUGCGCUGAGCCCUUGUCUUUUCUCACUAACACAGAUGAAUAAAAGAGGGCGGAAGAAAGUAAACCAUGAGACAAGUAGCCAGUCUCAGUCUGUGUGCAUUAUUAAGAAAGCUUAUUUUAUCCCAUGACAAUGAAGCCAAAUAGAUUUUCACAACUUUCCUGCCCUAAUAUAUUCCCUGCCUUUAUAAAACUUCAGCCAUACAUUCCUAUCUUAAUUUUUAAUAAAUCUGCUAUUGAUGGCUGUUUAUUCUACUUUGGUUUUGACUAGUAGUGGAAAUCCAGACAGAAAUCCAAAGGGAUCAAAACAAAAGAGGAAAGAGGCCAUAUUCUGUACUGUACCUAUAAAGGCCUGUUGUAUUUUAGAUACUGUACGUUACUGUAUAAAUAUUUUUAAUUGUAUAAAUGUAUAAAUGCUUAACUUGUCUCUCUCAGUUGAUGGUUUGUGGAUAGGUAACCCAGCUGGGAGAUGAUAACAGUAGCAGAAAGAAGACUGUAAAUAAGAAAACUGUUUUGACAGUACUUUUGAAGUGGAAUAAUAGUUGUAUAAUGGAGGGUAAAGAUGAAUAACUUCAAAGCAUUGUUAGUCAGGACAGAUAUAACAUUGCACUUUCUCAAAAAUUGUCUAUUUUAUUAUAACAAUGAGGCAUUAUAACUAAGGGUUCAGGAGCAUAUAUUAUUCUGAGGAUUCUUGCUUGAUGAGCUUCGAGACACCGGGAGGGCUAUCACUGUUAACGCCAGGGAUCUUUUAUGUCGGCCAUUGAAAAAAGAAUAAAAAACAGAAAAUUAAACUGGUGCAAGGAGAAAGCUAAAACCAAUAUCAUGACUGUUUUCAGGCUACCAGUCAUUAGUUAGCAUCUAAUAUCCAUUACCAUUGUACUUUAUAUUGCUAAACAGUCACACCUCUCAGUUUUUCAAUGCAUAAUAGAGCAAAUGUUUGAGAGGUUGGCCCUUUCCUUUUCCUCUGCACACGUUUUGUCUUUGUGCAACUUUGUAAAGAAUUACUUUGAAUUCCAACAGGAUUGUUGUUGGUACUGUAUAGUAAGUCUGUAGUCAGUAGAGGCAAGUCAUCAUGUAUCUGGAUUAUGUUAUUUGUUCAGUCACUGGAUUUUUAAGCACUUGUGAAUGCCGUUGCAAAGCUGAGCCACAUCUGAAACACCCUUGAUUGGCAAGUAAAGUAAUUGUAGGUAAAAGAAAAGGGUAAAAAAAUAAGUGCAUCAAGAUGCAUUUGCAAAAUGUAUUUGGAUUCCUGCAAUCUUGUGCUUUCCUUGUGCUCCUUGCCAUAAUUUAUAGGUUUGUUGUACUGGAUUAAACUGUAAUCGGUGAUGAACCCUUCAUGUCAACAUGUAAAUAGUUUUUUGUUAUUUUUGGACUUUUGCAAUUGUACCAUUCAAUUAACAUUCAAUCAUGCCAAACACAAUAUUAGAAAGAUGUUUAAUCAUUUCAAAGUAAACAGGAAUAUGAUCUAUUGAAUUACUGUACAUUGCACUGGUGGUACUUACAGUAGGUUUCUACUGUGUGGAUCGAUUAGUUUAACUAACCCCAUUUCAUGUUACAUUAAAUGUGUUAAUACUUUUAGACAUAUAAAUACUUGAAAUUUGGUUUUGCCCACUUUUAAGUCCACCUAGAGAAAGCCGUUAAUAGCACUUCAUCUUAGCUUUAACAUAGCAUCUUACGUUUGCAGCAGAAUGUUUGCAUGACUCAGCCAAGCACAAGAAGAAGAAAUCAGCUUGAGGCACAAGUAGGGGAGAUAUAUAUGUAUGAAACUGUAUAUUCAGGGAACAAAACUCAUAACACAGGGAUGGACCAGGUGGUCCCUUGGUGCAAUCUGUGAAUAAUACCCAUAAAAUGUAGACGUUUGUCAAAACAAAUCUUGUAGUUAAGGCGGACAUUGCAAACCUAAUGAGCAAAAAGAGGGGUAACUGACAACCAGUGUCCAUCUACCAUCUACCUGCUUCGCUGCGAAGUCUACAAGGGCUUCCAUUGGUUUCCGCUCUUUUUCUCCGUCAGAGUUCUUACACACUAUGCAAUCCCAAUGACAGUGCAAUUUAAUUUAAAAGCUUGCACUGUCUGGUGAAAUAUACAUGAUGCUUAUACAUUUUGUAAUAACUAAGGACAGGGGACUGCUGACAUUUAACCAGUAGUGUACUUACGACUGCAUUAAUCUCUCUUGAGUUGUUCUAUCAAUAUUUUGUGUAUGCACUCUUGGUAUGUUGUAUAUUAACUAUUUGGUGAAUUCUAAACUUCUCCAUGAGGGUGUGAUCCACCAAGGAAUCUUUAAUGUUAGAGAGGUGCUUUAACUCGUAUAGUUGAGAAAUCGAGGUGGUACACCCCUUUCAAUUCUUCUCAUUUCUUUUCUAUUUCAUUUUGUUGUACUUUGUUUUAUACUUUAUGUAAAAGUAAUGCAGAAUAAACAAAAGCAUUUAAUCAUU